AUGGAUCAGCCCCCUAACACUCCUAUUGGCCACUACACAGGUGUUGGUUCUGGAACUGGUGCUGGUGCUGGAGCUAGAGCUAGAGCUGGAGCUGGAGCUGGAGCUGGUGCUGGAGCUAGAGCUAGAUCUGGUGCUGGUGCUGGUGCUGUGGUGAGGGAGACGGCUUUACCUGUGGAAGAGGUGACUCUAGCAGACAACAAUGGUCGGAAUGAAAAGAACAAGAAUGAAGGUAAGAAGCAGUCUUAUGCUACAGUUGCAUGUAGAACCUUGCCGGAUGUUGAAGAUUUGCCUGAGCUAACACAUGCAAGAUCCCACACAAAAGUGAUAAUACCACAGGAGGCAUAUAAGGAAAAGCUCCAAUCCUUCAAUUAUGCAUUGAUCGGAAGGGUGAAUUUCCGAUUUUUAUCAAUGGAUAAUGUGUGA